AAGGCUUGAAUUCCGUAUCUGUCCGGAGGUAAGCAAGCGGAGAUCUGAUGGCGCUAGAGUGGGUUGUGCUAGGGUACGUCGCGGCCGCAGAGGCCAUAAUGGUUAUUCUCCUCACCAUCCCGGGCCUGGAAGCUCUCCGAAAGGGUCUGAUCGCGGUGACCCGGAACCUUCUGAAGCCGUUCCUCUCGGUGGUGCCUUUCUGCCUGUUCCUUUUCAUGGACAUAUAUUGGAAGUUCGAAACCAGGCCUAGCUGUGAGGGAGAUUCCUGCACCCCUUCCGAGCACCUUCGCCACCAGAAAUCUAUCAUGAAGAGCCAACGCAACGCCCUCCUCAUCGCCGCCGCACUCCUCUUCUACUGGCUCCUCUACUCCGUCACCAACCUCGUCGUCAGGAUCGACCACUUGAACCAGCGUCUCGAACGCUUGAAGAAUCGCGAUUGAGAUUUCACCCUUGCAGAUAAGUCGGUUAAUCAAUCCCUCGGAUAUAAACUUGGUGUUUUCUUUCUUGUGCUAGGAAGGAUCUAUUUCUAUCUCUUUUUUUCUUUUCUUUUCUUUUCUUUUCUUUCUUUCUAAAUCGAUGUUUGAGUGAUGACGAUUAUUGAGUCUUUUUUUAGUAUUAUUACUCUUGCUAUAACUAUGCUACUUGAAUUUCCGCCACCUAGGGUUCCUUUUGGGGAUUUUCUUAUUGUUGCGCUCAGGGAUCCAAUUCCGUGCACCUCGUCGCUCCCUUGUAUCAUAGGAAAACACGAUUUCGAUUAUUGUUGAGUGUUAUCUGAAAUGCCUACUUACUUUUCUUUUACGCAUUA